AUGCGCGCAACUCAACUUGCCCUCCUUACCCUUGCCGCUUCUGCAAAGCUGGCCACCUGCUUCAAGAUUCCCGAGGGAACCACGGACGGGGUUUAUAAGGCCUAUAUCAACGAGAACGGUGUUGAAGUUCACGAGCCUCUCCUCCCAGAGGACAUCGUCCCAGUGACAGACUCCGAACAACUCGAACCAGCCCAUUUCGACAUGGCAAUGGCAGCAGACCCUAGUUUCAGUGCUUGGUGGUGCGGCUGUGGUAUAACCAUGAAUCAUGGUGACUGCGACGCGGCGGUGCAGGCCCUGAAGAACCAGUUCGGCUCGGGAACGGUUCAGAUAGGAGCAAAUCUGGCGUGGUAUUCGAUCAGCGGCAGCGUGGUGGCAUUCGCCUGCAACAAAGUUAAUGCAAGAGCGGAGGCCAGCGCGGAUCGUCUCACUAGGAGCCUCCAAAGUAUCACAGAUAGGUGUGGCUGGUACGUUCCGGGGACCACGAGAGGCACUCUGGGUGUCUCGACUCUGGAGAUAAGUAUGGGCCAGGCCAUCCUGGGAGAUAUUGCUGGCCAAGCAUUAGUGUUAACAUAA